CCCAUUGUUGUCUCUGCAGCCCAGCCUGAUAUUCUUUGUGCUUUAAGUAGAAGCUAUAGGGAACAUCAUGCAGACGAGUCAAAUAUCUUAUGAAAUGCCAUUACAGGGAGGAAAAGAGAGUACAAGUCUCCCCACCAUUGACAAGAGGACCAAGUGCCUUUAUACCAGAGAAUGAAGUUAUGCAAGCAAAUGGUUUGGAUGAACGUACUAAUCUUCUUGUGGAAGAAUAUUCUACGUCUGGUCGCCUGGACAACAUCACACAGGUCAUGAGUAUCCAUACUCAGUACCUGGAGUCUUUCCUCCGCAGCCAGUUCUAUAUGCUGCGCAUGGAUGGGCCCCUUCCUUUGCCCUAUAGGCACUACAUUGCUAUAAUGGCUGCUGCCAGACAUCAGUGUUCCUACCUAAUAAAUAUGCACGUUGAUGAGUUUCUAAAGACUGGUGGGAUUGCAGAGUGGUUGAAUGGUUUGGAAUACAUUCCCCAAAGACUGAAAAAUCUGAACGAAAUAAACAAACUCCUUGCGCACCGGCCCUGGCUAAUCACAAAAGAGCACAUUCAGAAACUUGUCAAGACUGGGGAAAAUAAUUGGUCUCUUCCUGAACUGGUGCAUGCUGUUGUCCUGUUGGCACAUUAUCAUGCCUUGGCAAGUUUUGUAUUUGGUAGUGGCAUUAAUCCAGAGAGAGAUCCGGAUACAUCUAAUGGAGUCAGACUUAUAGCAGUCAACAACUUCUGUGUCUGUGAUCUUGCCAAUGACAACAACAUAGAAAAUGCAUCCCUCACAAGUAGCAACUUUGGGAAUGUCAUGGUGUUUUUGCAGAUUGCAGAUUCUUUAAGUGAGCUGGAGGCCUUGAUGGAAAGGAUGAAGAGACUACAAGAAGAUAAAGAGGAUGAAGAAGCCUCUCAGGAAGAAAUGGCAACUCGCUUUGAAAAGGAGAAGAAGGAGAGUCUGCUAGUAAUUAGUGGAGCAUUUGAUGAUGAAAUAGUUUCUACAGAUGUCUCCCGUUAUAUUGAAGAUCCUGGGUUUGGGUACAAAGACUUUGCAAGGCGAGGAGAAGACCAUCUGCCAACAUUCAGAGCUCAGGACUAUACUUGGGAGAAUCAUGGCUUUUCCCUUGUAAACAGGCUUUAUUCUGAUAUUGGGCAUCUUCUGGACGAGAAAUUUCGGAUGGUAUAUAACCUCACAUAUAACACUAUGGCAACACAUGAAGACGUUGAUACAACGAUGCUAAGAAGAGCUUUAUUUAACUAUGUCCACUGUAUGUAUGGAAUCAGGUAUGAUGACUAUGAUUAUGGGGAAGUUAAUCAGCUACUUGAACGCAGCCUGAAGGUUUACAUAAAGACAGUGACCUGCUACCCAGAGAGAACUACCAAGCGCAUGUACGAUAGUUAUUGGCGUCAGUUCAAGCACUCGGAGAAGGUUCAUGUCAAUCUACUUCUAAUGGAAGCUCGGAUGCAAGCCGAACUUCUGUAUGCCCUUCGUGCCAUAACUCGUCACUUAACCUGAAGGAUUUGCUGGGCAGGAGUAAAGAAGUUUUUACUGAGUAUGUAAAGACCUUUUGAAAUAGAUACACACCAGAAGCUGUUUGUGAUGUAGCAUCAGGUUAUUCAAUUCUCUAGUGUCAAAGUUUAGCCGUGCUUCUUGGCGGCUGUAAUGUGCAAUGACGUGUUUUAUUUUCUUGAUGCUUAACAUUACUAAUGAUAACAAAAGUAACACUGAGGAGCACUACUCUGCAUUGUUUCCGCCUGGAUUUCUGCGCAGUGGUCAGGAUCCUGAAACUGUUUUUAUUAUAUCCAAUCCUAGCGCUUUGUUCUUUAAGCACUGGAGUGAAGUGCUUAGAGACUUCUUUUUCCAAGCAAUCAUUUUUCAGAUUAGUGGAGUCCAGCAGAAGAUCAGUUCUGCCUGUCCUGAGAACGUACCACCAUGUCCUGACUCAUGACAGAGACACGCGGGCUGUGUUGCAUUGAAAUGCCCACUGGAUUCUUCUGUGUCUCCCGGAGACUGCUGCCAGUCACUGUCUUACUACAGCAAUUGGAGGUGAUGCGAGAUGUGGAUGCAAACAUCGAGCACACUUUAAUGUGAAAUCAAUCUUGAUAAAUCCUACAGCAUGCUACUGAAGUGCGAAAUUCAUCUGCUUUGUCAUGCCCCUUCCCAAGAGAAGAGGCCUCAUGAUUUGCCAUUUCAGUCACACUUACUGUGUUUCAAUCAUGCAUAACCUUGUUUUACUGACAGUCACCCUCAGUUGUCCUGACAAUAUCCAUGCUCAUCACAUGUUGCAAUUUUUUUAGUUGGCACCUAUAAAAUUAAUACGCAGGCUGACCAAAAAUAGGGUUGUGGGGUUUUUUUGCACUCUCUCCUUUAUCAAUGUUGUAACUAAGGAAAGUAAAGGAAGGCUAGCAUAUCUGUUCUUUCAUAUUGGAUGUAUAGAAAUCUACUUCCCAUAACUUUUUCAUAGCAUGAAAUUGUAAUAUUCAAAGUUUAAAAAGUUUCUAUGCAUUAGUGUGAGUGAACAAAAGAAAAGUGCAAUAUUUAAAAAGAAAGCAAGCUUUUUUCCCUGACAUGCCACUGCUAAAGUGUCCUUUUUAUAUAGCCAUAAAGAAAUUUUAAAACCAAAUUUCUUUAUUGUCUAAGGCCUAGCAGUUUUGUUUUAGCUUUUACGGCUUAAGACAACCUGACACUGAGAUGCCAAAGCAUCCCCAAAACAAAGCAUUUUUGGACAACCAGUAAUAUUGGGGAAGGGAAGAAAUAAGCUGCCAAAAAUGUCACACUUUUGUGCUGGUUUUUGUUGCUUUUGACUAAUUUUUAAGAGCACAAAAUGUUGAUAUUUAUAGCUUUAUUUUGUAUUGCAUUAAUGAACCAGUGAAGUGCCUAAAGAGAUGCUUAAACUUACCCAGUAGAACACAAGUUGUCACUGCUUCAACUUUUGUCUGUUGGUUUGGACUUUUCAUAUUUCUGUUGAGGAGGGUGACCUUUAUUUCUGUGGCAUACAUUCAAAACUAACUAGUCAGGUUUGAUUUUCAUAUUCCAUUGGAUUGUAGAAAUUAAUACAGAAUUUUUUUUCAUUAGUGAUUGCAGAAUAGUUAAAAAAAUACUACCAGUCAUAUUUUGACACUUUUCAUUUGCAAAAUCCUGGACCAGUACUCUUCUAAAGUUAGUUUUCUCUUUUUUCCCUUUUAUGAUCCUUGCUGUGACUUCGCAUGUUGGUUUUUCUGCUUUAUCUAUCUGUUCCAGAUUGGAAAGCUAAAUGAUUGUACACUUUUCUGCACUUUCAGACUGCAGACUCUGCAUGUGAAAACCUUUUGAGGAAGAAAUCAGUAAUUAAUUUUUUUAAUGUCAUGUUGGCUAUUUAGAAAACUACCCAACAGACAGCAUCAGACUGUCUUCUAGAGAGAGCAUUGGAUAGAACAUCAGAUUUAUUUAUCUUGUAUAGCUAACUGCAAAGAUUUCUCAGAAUUAUUGAGAUGCUCAUAUGUAUGAACUUAGAUUAACUUUCUAAGUUGUUAUGAUUCUUCUUCCUCCCUCCUGUGAUUGUAGUGCCCAUACAUAAUGGCUUUUGUGCAUAGAACAGUUCUGCUGAGAGAAGUUUUCAUACAAUACUUUUGCUUUUUUCAAGUGAUGGGAACUGUUCAGUACUAUUUUGAAUUCCUUUGUUUUGAAAAGUCAAGUAGUUCUCAAGAAGCACAGCUGAGCUCUGGAAAGGAGGUGAAAUUAGAUUUGGGUAACUAAUAUGAUGGCUUAGUUUCCCUUCAGAAAUGCAAAGACUUCUUGGGUAGGUUGAGUUUUACAUUUGGAAUCAUGAGUGCCUUUACUUCUUUCAUAUGAAAUAUACUUGCUAGCUCAAAUGCCUUCUGAGCAAAGUACAUGACCAGAUUUGAAAUACAGAAACCGUAAAUGGAUUGCUUCAUAAAAUUUGUAGUAAACCAGUGUUUUGUUUCGGUUUUUUUAAGGUGCCAUAUCAAGUCACAUAUGGCCUGCAAGACAUUCCGUCAUAGGAAAUGUCAUUGUACAACUAGUUUGCUAUUUCAAUUUUUUUUUUAAAUAUUAAAUGCAAACUUGAAACAUCUGGUAAAGUUUUCCACGUGGCAUUUUUUUUUUUCAAAGUAUUGCAUUUACAGUGCAAGAAUUUAUAGCCUAGUUUUUACAAUCAAAUUUUGGGGUUUUAAUAGAUGUUUGUUCAGAAUAGGUGUUUAAAGUCAGACAGUGGUACCAUAAUUUUUUCGCACACUUUAGGUUCACACUGUGCCAAAUUUUAAUGUGCAAGUGUUCUUGGAUUUUUUUUGCGUUUUUAAGCACUCGUGAAUGUGAAUCUUCACACUUCAUUAAUAUUUUUCCUAAGAGUAUGGUAAUCAUUGGAAACGUAGAUACUCUCCCUCUGUGUUCCUUUAUUGAAAUUGGUUAUUACCAGCAUUGUUAGUCUACAAAAUCCCAGCCAUGACCAACAUAAAAACAAAGUGUACAGUCUCCUGUCUACUGAAGAGAAAGCUUGGUAGGUACAAAUUAACCAACUAGCACAGGGAACACUGUAAGUAGGGAACAGAGCUUUUGAACAUGGACAGCUUCUUAUCAUUGCAGAGUCACUUUAAAAUGUGUUGCAAUAGAGUACAUCCUUGCUGAAAUUCCUACAUUCUUUUUUGUAAUAAAGAGAAGUGAAAAAGGUGCCAAUUGGAGAAAGCAUUUACAUUUUCCAGGACACUCUACCCACAGCUGAACAUCACGAGACUGUCAUCAUACAAGAACAGAAAUAAUUUUUAAAACAGAAAUAAUAAUUUUAAACUUGGGUGCAUUUUGUACAGAUAGCUGCUACAGCUACUAUUGUAGCAGAAUUUUGGUGAGCUGUAGAUGGAUUUAUUUUCAUCAAGGCUGAACUGAAACAUAUAUCCUUUACCCUAAAGCCUUCAUUAAAAUGAAAAUCAGAGAAUCAUAGAAUAUGCUGAGUUGGAAGGGACCCAUCAAGAUCGAGUCCAGCUCCUGGUCCUGCACAGGACCAUCCCCAAGAG